AUGAGAGGCCUUCUACAAAUCAUCUCAACAGUACUGCUAAUAUCCCUGGCUUCAGCAACAGAGUCCAACAACAAUUGUCGGUUUGCACUUGAAGUCAAUAAAGACAGCUACCUUCCUGCGGAAGAGAUUGAAGUAACGAUGACUCAAUGUGAUCCAGACUUGGAUGACUUUGUUGCAAUCUACGAUGCCGACGUGGAUCCAAAUGAAACACGAGGUCAUGUGACGUAUGUAAUGUGGAUGAGGACGUGUGGAUCCAGCUAUUGCUCGGAACCUGCCGACUCGUCGACGUUCUUGUUCGGCAAAGGGCACAAUAAGCACAGUUGGCCUCUGCCGAUGGGAAGGUACAAGGUUCACUUGCUAAAGAAAACUGGAAAACGAGAAUUCGAGACCUAUGCUACUAGUCAAUCGUUUAUGGUAGAAGACCGUGCGCCGAAGCAAGUCAAGAAAAUUGAAGUUGACAGUGUGUAG